AUGACCAACCCUAAUGAUAAAAAAUGUGUGGACCACAAAUCAAAAUUAAUACAACAUAGUGAUCACGAUGAGGCAACCACUGAAUGUGCAUAUAUAAAUAGAGAACACAUAAACACAAAUACUAUUAAUAAAAAAAUUGCUCUCCUCUUAAAACGAUACAAAAUAGAGCAUAUUAAAAACAGAAAACAAUUCAAUUUCAUAUUAUUAUUAAAAAACAAAAAAAAAAGAACAAGGAAAAUAAAAAAAGCAAGAAAAAUAAGAAAAAACAAAAAAAAAAACCUAACCAAUGAUUACUUAAACAUUUUAAACUCCGAAAAAGAAUAUUUAAAUAAAUAUGAACAAAAUAAACAAUUUUUAAAUAAUAUAAAAAAAUAUGAUAUUAAUAAUGAAUUAUUAAACGAUGGAUCAUAUCCUAUUUUUUUUUAUAAUGUUUUUAUUAAUGGUCUAUAUAUAAAUACAGACAGUACAAAAAUAAUUAAAUCUACACACAAUCAACAUUUAAAAAAAAACAAUACAAUCAAUAAUAAUAACAAAAAUGAUGAACAAUAUCAAAAUUCUUCAACCAAAAUUAGCAAUUUAAAAAAAAAAAUAUUUUUUUUUAAUGGUCAUCAAGCAAUAUUAUCCAUAGGAGAUUAUUUUAAAAUACUUUUAAACAGUUUGCAAAAUGAAAAUAUAAUAACAAAAUGUUUUCAUUUUAUUGAAUAUGCACAAAUGCAAGAAAAUAAAGAAAAAGAUAAUAUGAGCUAUUUACAAAGUUAUGAUAUAGAUAAUAAAAAAAAUGAACAAUCAGUUAUUUCUUAUGGUAGUAAUAUAUUUACUGAUAAAAAUCCACUAGACUCAAAUAGUAUAGAAAGAACUUCCAAUCUACCAUCAAAUAAUAAUUGUGAAAACUUCCCAUCACAUUCUAUUCAAAACACAAAUACUUACGAAGAAAAAAAUGAAAAUCCAAUAAAAACUAAUGAUGCAAAUUUUAAUAAAAUUUUAAAUACUUUUAUAUCUGAAUUAAAAGCAUUCUUCUUUUCAAUUAUUUCAAAAGUUAAAUUAUCAAAACUUAUUGCUAAAUUAAUUGUUAUAUUUUCAAAAGUUUGUUUAUUAUUAACUCCAUAUUAUCUUAAUACAACACAUUUGAUUGAAAUACUAACUGAGUUUGCAAAUAUCAUUCCAAUUAAGUUUGUAAAAUAUUUUGUUAAUUUCUUUAUAAAAAAUAAAAAUGAUUUUAUAUAUAAAUAUAAACUAUUUCAAAAUAAUGUUAUUUUUAAUGAUAUGAUUAAAAUACAAACAAUCGGAGCUAAACUAAUUGGCUUUAUUAAAAUUUUACAUAAAAAAUGUAGUAAUAGUGAAAAAAAAGAAUCACAAAGUAUUUUUUUUCUAAACAUAUUAUUAUCUGAAUGUCUACCAAAUAAUCAUUUAGGAUUUUGUAAUAGACAGUCUUUAAAAAAUAAUAUUAAUUUUUUUUUUUACGACUCCUUCAAAUCUCAUGUUAAUGCAGCAAAUGAUCGCUCUCUUAUUUAUGACCAAUUCCAAUUAAACAUUAAAAAAAAUAUUACAAAUUAUGAACAAUUAAAAAAUAUUAUUCAAUCUCAAAUACAAGAUCAGCUAUUCCAAAAUGAAAAUUUAGAUAACCACGACCAAACUAGUACACAUCAAAUGGAAAAUGACGAAACUGCCAAUCAUAAUAAGACACAGUCAAAUAACACAUCUGCAUCUAGUAUAGAAGCUAAAGUAGAACCUGAAAAAAAUGCUGAAAAUAAAAACACCCGUAAAAGAAAAUUAUGCGAUAUAUCUCCAGACAAUUUAAACCCCGAAAAAAGCCAAAAAAUAACUUCACAUGAAAUAAAUGUAAAAAAUAAACCAAUUGAAAAUUAUAAUGUAUAUAUUUCAUAUAUCUAUAUUAUUAUGUUUAUAAAAUAUCCUGAAAUGUUCAUUACAGAAACUAAAUCAGAAUUAGAAGAUAUAUACAAUGCUUUUAAAACAUUUUAUUUUUAUAUAAAAAAGUUAAAAAAAACAAAUAUAUUAAAUAUAAAUACUGUAAAAGAAUAUCUAUAUAAUGGAGAUUUUGAUUUUUUAGGGAAUAGACAUAUAUAUAAUAUGUUAAUACAUGAUGAAAACUUUUUAAAUAUAUAUUUUUUCAAAAUUCUUAUGGCAUUAAAUUUUUUAAAUUGUGAACAUAACAUAUUAAAGAAAAAAAAAAUAAUAUUUAAACAAGAAACAAACAAUGAAAAUAAAAAUGACACAACAACUUCCAAUAAUAAUAAUGCUAAUGAAGAUAAGAAUUCUUCAUCAAAUACUAGAGGAACAAAAUCAAAUCAAAAAGACACAAAAGAAAAUAUGAGCAGUAACACAAGUACUACCACUCCCCAAAUGAACAAUCAUAAUGAUAAUAAAAAUAUAAAAUCGAAAGAUCUUGAUACAAAAAAUAACUCACAAAAUAAUUCAAAAAUAUCUAACGAAAAAACGGAAGAAAUUAUGUACAAUUUUAUGACAGACCUAAUUAAUUAUUUAGAGCAUUCUAAAAAUUAUAAUCAUUUUAAAUUAUUAUUAUCUACAGAAUAUUGUUGGUAUAUUUGGAAAAAAAAAUUUAUAACUAAACAAUCUAAAGAUAAUAUAGAUACAAAUUUUCAAUUUAAAAAUGUAAAUAUAGAUAUGCUUGAAACUACUAAUCAAUACCCUGAUAUUGAAAAUGAAGCAAAUAAAUAUAGUAAAAGAAUAAUAAAUAAUAAUUCACCUCUUUAUAACUUAAUAAAUAUAAUUGAACAUUUUGAAACAUUAAAUAAUAUAAUGAAUUAUUAUUAUGAAAUAAAUAAAAAUAAUCCAAAUGUUACUGAAAAUAUUUAUAAAUAUACAAAAGUUUUAGAUAAUACCCCUUGUGAAAAUACUAAUAAUUUACAAUCCAUCUCUUUACCAUCUCUUACAAAUAUAAGUGAUUCAAACGAUAUACCCAAAACAAAUUUGACUUCCAAUGAGCUGAAUGAUAAAUCUAAAAAAAAUAUACUUACCAAUUAUAGCUUUUUAAAAAAUAUGAACAAUUAUCUACUCGAAAUUAAUAAAAUUUAUUUAAGAAGAGAAGCCGAAUUUUGGGAAAUCGAUGAUGAUGAAACUAUUACUGAUUCAAAAAAACAAGAAAAUGCACAUAAAUUAUUAAUCGAAAAAUUAAUUGAUAAAUUAGAAGAUUAUAAAAAAAAAAUGGAUAUUGAUAAUGAUCCAAUUAAUGAAAUCGAAGAAGAUGAAAAAAGUAAAAAUAAUCCUGUUUUUAAAUUCAGACUAGCUAAAUUAUUUAUUCUUAAAUAUAUAGAUUUAUAUACUAUUGUAAAAAAUAAAGAAUUCUCAACCAAUUGUGAUUUCUUAUAUAAUUUAAUGCUACAAAUGGAUAAAAACUUAGAACAAAAAAAACAAAUUUUAGAUAAAAACCUAAUCGAAGAAGAAGCCCUUGAAGAAGCCUAA